GCCUCUCCCGGGGGGGGGGACUUUGGGGCUGUCACAGCGGAUAUCGAGCCACAGAGCGCGGCUGCAGGGUCUGUGAAACAUAUGCAGCCAUUUGGUUUGGUUUCAUACGUACCCAGAGACGCUCGGUCCCCUCGAAUGACGUCUGCGGCGUGUUAACGUGCCUCCGAGACAGAGCUCGCCGGGCCCUGCUGGAGAGCCGCUGCCGAGAUCCUCCGAUCUGUGUAUAACGUGUUGAAAUCGAAGAAGAGCUUUGUGACUGAAAAUGGCGCCCGCCGUCGGAGGUCCUCAAGGCUACACGCCACCCGAGGGUGGCUGGGGAUGGAUGGUGGUGCUCGGGGCGUUCAUCUCUAUCGGCUUCUCCUACGCCUUCCCCAAGUCCAUCACCGUCUUCUUCAAAGAGAUUGAGACGAUCUUCGAUGUGACCAGCAGCCAGGUGUCCUGGAUCUCCUCCAUCAUGCUGGCGUGCAUGUACGGCGGAGGUCCAAUCAGCAGCAUCCUGGUGAAUAAAUAUGGAAGUCGUCCUGUGAUGAUAGCGGGAGGAUGCCUGUCUGGAUCGGGCCUCAUUGCUGCCUCCUUCUGCAAUUCUGUUCAUGCACUGUACAUUUGUAUUGGUGUGGUGGGAGGUCUGGGAUUGGCUUUCAACCUGAACCCCGCCCUCACCAUGAUUGGAAAGUACUUCUACAACAAGCGGCCCAUCGCCAAUGGCAUCGCUAUGGCCGGCAGCCCCGUCUUCUUGUCCACCAUGGCGCCCAUAAACACGUGGCUUUUUGACAAGUUCGGCUGGAGAGGAAGUUUCUUGAUCCUGGGCGGCCUGCUGUUCAACUGCUGUGUCGCCGGCUCCCUGAUGCGGCCCAUAGGACCAAAACCCAAACCCGCAGAGAGGAGCACAGAGAGGAGGACGGCGACGCAGGUCAUCAACGGCUUCAUCGACCUCUCGCUGUUCAAGCACCGCGGCUUCGUGCUCUACAUCAUCGGCAACAUCGUCAUGUUUUUUGGUCUCUUUGCGCCGCUGGUGUUCCUCAGUAAUUUUGCCAAAAGCAAAGACAUCCCGAAAGACAAGGCGGCUUUCCUGCUGUCUGUGCUGGCCAUGGUGGACAUGGUCGCCCGGCCCUCAAUGGGCAUGGUGGCAAACACCAAGUGGGUCCGGCCUAGAAUACAGUACUUCUUCGCGGCCUCGGUGCUGUACAACGGCGUUUGCCACGUUCUGGCUCCCUUAUCCGUGGACUACAGAGGCUUCGUGAUCUACGCCAUGUUCUUCGGGUUUGCGUUCGGCUGGCUGAGCUCAGUGCUGUUUGAGACCUUGAUGGACCUGGUGGGAACCCAGCGCUUCUCCAGCGCUGUCGGGCUGGUCACCAUCGUGGAGUGCGGCCCCGUGUUGUUAGGGCCCCCUCUGCUUGGAAGGUUCAAAGACGUGUAUCACGAUUACAAGUACACAUACCAGGGCUGCGGCAUCCUCCUCAUCGUCUCCAGUGCCAUCCUGUUUGCGGGGAUGGGACUCAACUAUCGCCUGCUGGCCAAGGAGAAGAAAGAGGAGGAGAGCAGGGCCAGGGUGGGAAGCAGAGAGCACAAGUCCUACAGGGACUUUGCUGCCAAGGAGGUGGCCGAGGCAGGCGGCACAGAAGACACCGUCUAAUAUUCUCUAUAAAGUUAAUCCACAUUUUUUUGUUCAAUUCAUUAUUUCCAGCGAGGCAUUUAUAAGGAAAAAAAUGUAUUUUCAGCCCUCUUCUGUUUUACAAUUAAUUAUUUUUGAGAGACCAAAGCCUGUUCUGAAAUUUCCUGUAAAACAUUUACACACCUAUUAAAGCCUUUUAACUCCAAUGAAAGAACCACAUAAAAUACCUCUGAUGUUGGAAUAUGUUGGAAAGACCAUCUAGGUUUGCCAUGUAUGUCACUUAUAUUGAUGAUUAAUCUCAGAUGUUGUUACUAUAGCUUACCUGCAGCACACGAUUUUUGGUAUUUUAACCUUCUAAAAUGUACCUCAGGUUAUUACAUUUUGAUAUUAGGAAAUAUGCAAAGUGCAGUACUCAAUAAGACGUCUUAAAGAAAUUGCUACUUUGUCUGUGACGUGCAUGAUUAUAGUAUUCACCUCAUCAAGCUUACCAAACCGACAUUUAGAAAGAAACUGGAGCCUGUGUGGUGUAAAAAGGUUUGAAAACAUCUGCACCACUUUCCCUUUAAAUAUUCCUCUUUCGAACAUGUGUCGUUUGGUCCAUUUAUGAUGAUAAAUGAUGGGAAUUAUUUUUAAUUUUGUGGGCAAUAAACCUCAUUGUAUCACUUGAUGUAUUUGUAUUAUUUCAAAUGUGCCACCGACUGCAAGUACAUGAACAGGUUAGAAAGUCAAAUGAAUGUCAUUCGUCUGUAUUCCAUGUUUCUUAUUGAGUUCUCCUUUCGAGAUGCACUGACUAUGCUUCUU